GGGCCAGGCGAGGUGCAGACGGCUGGAAACGGAAAAGCGGCGCGCUGACAGGGGUCUGUCGCGGGCGGAGAGGCACCGGCCUGUGAGCUGGCCGGGAAGUGGCCGCCUGGGUGCUGUGGGCACCGGUGCAGGCGCGGGGGGGAGGGCCGCCCACCGGUCCAGUGUGUUUGUUUUUCCUUUGUGCCGCUCCCCCGGAAGGUGCAGAGCGGAGAUGGAUGGGCUUUUCUGUGCCUCAGUUGCUGUGUGGCCGCGAGGGCGCCGGGGACUCCGGACCCACUCACUGAAGCAGCUUCGGGGUGCUCCUGGGUGGAAGGCUGUCCCCAAAGCGAAAAGUCGUUUAGCUGUUUGGAGGCUGGUGCUUUUGGGGAAAGAGUAACUGGGCUGCAGACCCUGAGCUUACACCCUCCAGCGUCCUGGGUGCCACUCCCUGGCCGCGCCAGUUACAUCCUCACUAAAACCCUCCGUCCUGGUUUUUCUGUCUCAUGUAGAUCCUUGACUAAGUGAAGCAGAGCCUCUAGGAUUAGCUAAAGUAGAUGCCAGUUUGCAGCCUCUUGAUGCAGUCCGAGUCCAGCCGGUAUGAGGAGACUCCUUCCCUCUUGUGGGGUUUGGAUCCUGUGUUUGUAGCUUUUGCAAAACUCUACAUCAGGGAUAUCCUGACCAUGAAGGAAUCCCGCCAAGUUCCAGGUAUCUUUUUCUACAAUGGGCAUCCAGUCAAACAGGUAGAUAUCCUGGGAACUGUCAUUGGAGUGAAAGAAAAAGAUGCUUUUUAUGGUUAUGGAGUGGAUGAUAGCACAGGAGUUAUAAACUGUAUCUGCUGGAAGAAGUCAAGAAAUACUGAGUCUUCACCAGCUGCUCCAAGCUCAGCAGGAGAAUUGAGUAUGAUUUCAAAACUUGAGAAGCUGCAAGAGACCAUCGAGCAGAGAACCAGGAUAGAAAUUGGGGACAUUAUCCGAAUCAGAGGUUUUAUCCGCACAUACAGAGAAGAGCGAGAAAUUCAUGCCACCACUUACUAUAAAGUGGAUGACCCGAUGUGGAACAUUCAAAUUGCAAGAAUGCUCGAGCUGCCUGAUCUCUACAGGAGAAUAUACGACCAGCCCUUCCACAGCCCGGCCCUAGAGCAGGAGGAGGCAAACAGCAACCCAGGUGCCCUGGACAUUACCGGUCUCACAUGUUUGCUGAGUGAAAAAGUCAAAGAAUUCCUCCUGGAGAAGAAAGUGCAAAACUUCUACCAGCAGGAAUUGGAAUCAGUGACCUCCUUGCUGUCCCUUGCCAGUCAGCCUGUGACUCAUGGCACCUGUUCCAACCAAGUGGAAUUUAAGAACAACACCAGUACCAAGGCCAUUCAUAGUAUAUUUAAGAAUGCUAUACAGCUGCUGCAGGAAAAAGGAUUUGUUUUCCAGAAAAAUGAUGGCUUUGAUACCCUGUACUAUGUAACCAGAGAAGAUAAAAACCUGCACACAAAGGUCCACCAGAUCAUUCAGGAGGAAUGCCAGAGGCCAAAUCACAUGGAGAAGGGCUGCCACUUCCAGCACAUCUUGGCCUGUGUGCACCUAAGCGUCCACCCGGGCCUGAGCAAGGCUGUGCUGCAGCAGGUGCUGGAGCUCCUGGAGGACCAGAGCGACAUCAUCAGCACCGCAGAGCACUACUACACGGCCUUCUGAGCAGAGGGCAGCAGGGCCACUGAGGAGCCGGAAGACCAAGCUUAGCCCAGGCUCUGCUUGUAAACGGCAAGCCAGAGCUCACGUGUCUGCAGGAAGCUGCCCCAUGGUCAACCAUUGGCUGCGUCACUGGGGAGUGAGACUGGGCAUUCUGCGUGCCAUAUCCCCGGGCACAGUGACUUUGACCUCAGCAAUGACAUACAAGAAAACCCUCCUCACUGACCUCCUGGAUGGACAUGGCAUCUGUCAGGGAACAACAGGAAGACACAGUGUUGGUGGCUUAAUCCACACAUGGUCACUAAGGUGGUAAAGGACCUUACUGAGGACACAGGUGACACAAUUCUGAUGCAUCCUAAGACCCCAGGCUUUUGACUGCAUCCCCAUGGGCUCCUCUGAGGGCCUACAUGGGUGGAUGGCUGAGUGUCACUUGCCUUUGCCUUUGGGUGUUCAGCAGCAGCACUGGGGCCUGGGGCUUGGCCUGCAAUUUGCAGCAGAGUGAGGAGCCGGGGUGUGACUCUGUGCUUGUCAUCUUCCUUCAGGGGCCAGAGGCACUCUGCACAUUACCCGGCCCCGCAUGACUGCACCGCAGGCCCACGGUGCCCUGGAGCCACCAGGGGCUGCCAAUAGCUGCUUGGCAGGAGGCGAGUGUUGUUCUCGCAGUUGCUGCUGAGUGAGCAGGAUGCGCCCAGACAGGUGCCAGCAUCAGGCUUUUCUUGUGAAUAACAAGGUAGAAGGAAACUGUCUGAGGCGUGUAGUAGGCUUGUUCUAACAGAAAAUGACAAAUUCAGCCAGCAAAAAUAAAGUAUGCAAAAAGC